AUGUAUUUUUUGAUAGAACCAGAAUUCAACGCCCAGUGCAGAGAAGGAGUCACCAUGCGUCCAAUUUUUUUGCUAGCCCUGGUCGUCCUGGCCACGCUGGUCGCCCUGUCAUCGCAGGCAACCGACACAGCAACCACUACCACUACUACCACCACCACUACCACCACCACGACCACAACUGACGCCACCACCACCACAACCACCGAGGCGACCACGGAGAAGCAUCGCCGCAAGCACCGUCGGAGGCACCGCCGCAGGAGGAUCAUCAUCAUCCGACGAGGUGAAGGUGGAGGCAGGCGUCGCAGAUUCCGUGAGGGUAAUGAAGGUGGCGAUGAAGAUCGUGGCCGUUCCGGGAGGCGCUUCCGUGUGCGCGAGCGACGCGCCGGUCGUCGUUUCGACCGCUUCUGGUGAUACAUUACUGAAUAACAAAUAAAUAACAGGAAUAGUAAAUAAAUAUGUGCAUAUAUAAAUCAAAA